GCGGAGGAGGAGGAGCUAUUCUCUACAGCUGUACGCGAGUCACACUAGAGGGAGCAGACAGAGAGGAAAAAAAACACUAACUCUGCUAAUUGACAUAUAUUAAAUUUACAGUUAUAUCCGCGCGACGCGAUGGAUUAAAAGUCCUAAUUCGCGAACGAACGCGAACUUAUUUUUCCUUGCGUUUUGCGGUGACGCCGGUGGGAUUGUGAAACCAUGCCGAGCACCAAAGGACUAAUUUGGGACAUCAGAAAGCGGUCAAUCUACUCCAGCGACUCCAACUUCACUCGCACGAACUUUCUUGGGAGUAAAGAUUUCAUCCAACGUCUCGGACUGGAAACGACCCUUGAGGUCCACGAAGGUUCGGUCAACUCGCUGUGCUGGAAUGAAACGGGAGAAUUCCUCCUGUCCGGGUCCGAGGAUGGGAAUCUGGUGGUCACGAACCCAUACAGCAGAGAGGUGAAGACAGUGGUGAAGUCCCGCCACCUUUCCAGUAUCCAGAGCGCUCAGUUCAUGCCGCAGACUGGCGGCCAUGUUGUGGUGUCGUCCGCCGCCGACGGUCAGAUCUUCUUCACCAACAUCACCAAAGGGCCCAGCGCCGCCACGCAGACCCAGUACCACUGCCACGUCGGGUCCGCCUACAAGAUCCUGACGGUUCCCAGCGACCCGCACUCCUUCCUGUCCUGUGGCGAGGACGGAACCAUCCGCUGGUUCGACGUCCGCAACAGCACCUCCUGCAGUCUGAACAACUGCAAACAGGACGUGCUGAUCGACUGCCGGCGGGCGGUGACCUCCAUGGCCGUCUCACCCUCGGAGCCCUUCUUCCUGGCGGCCGGCUGCUCCGACGGCUCCGUCCGGAUCUACGACCGCCGCAUGCUGGGCACCCCCGCCACCGGCUGUCACUCGGGCAGCGGGGCGUCGGGGAUGACAGCCCGCUUCUUGCCCGCCCACCUGACGGAGCUGACCAAUCGGGUUACCUCGCUGUGCUACAGUUCCGACGGCUGCCAGCUGUUGGCCAGCUACGCCUCCGACUACCUGUACCUGUUUGACCCCCGGGACGACUCGGGGCGCCUGCUGAAGGGGCUAACCCAGGGCCCGAAGUGCCAGCCCCGACAGACGUCCGCCAAGCGGCUUCGCCUGCGGGGGGACUGGUCCGACACCGGACCCCUCGCCCGGCCCGAGAGCGAGAGAGACGGUGACAGCCGUUCUGAGGUGACUCUGCUCCAGAGGAUCUCGGAUAUGAUGUCACGCUGGUUUGAGGAGGCCAGCGAAGGCCAAGUAGGCAGACCCCAGGCCGCAGCCCUGACCCCUGUGACCCCCAGAGACCAGACCCCCCAGGGGGAUGGAGUCUCCCUGGAGGUGGAGCCGCUGGUCAGCCGCCACCUGGGAACCCAGGGGACCUCAGCCAGCAGCAUCCAUCUGGGCUGGACCGGUCCCGGGCAGUCCCAGAACCCCCCCCAGGGUGUCGGAGAGGGCCGGGUAGGGUCCAGGGGGGUGGAGGAGGAGGAGGAGACAGCCCAGGGACAGCCCCGCCCCGGUUGGGGGAGCGGGGAUGUUGUGUCUCUGUUCCACAGGUUCAACCUGCGGGGGUCGGCCGUCGGGGAGCGAGUGCUACGGCGGUCGGCCGCCGCCCACAUCCAGGAGAUCUUCCGACGGCGGAGGGAACGCCGGGAGCUGGAGGAGAGCGAGACGCGGCGCCUGGGCCGGCCAGCCGCCCACACCGUCUUCAGGGGCCACCGCAACUCACGCACCCUGACCAAGGAGGCGUGCUUCUGGGGCGAUCGCUUCGUACUGAGUGGCUCGGACUGCGGCCACGUGUUCGUCUGGGACCGCAAGGGGGAGGGGCCUCUCGGGGGGGAGGGGCCUUACGGGGCGGAGCUGGUGAUGCUGCUGGAGGCCGACCAGCACGUGGUCAACUGCCUGCAGCCGCACCCCUAUGAACCAAUGCUCGCCACCUCGGGGAUAGACAACAACAUAAAGCUGUGGUCGCCCACGGAGCGACGCCCCGCCUUCGACCGCCAGCUGGCCCAGGAGCUGCUGUGCCGUAACGAGGUGAUGCUGGAGGAGACCAGGAACACCAUCACUGUCCCCGCCUCCUUCAUGCUGCGCAUGUUGGCCUCGCUCAACCGCGCCUUCAGACCAGAUCAGGCAGAGGUGGAGGGGUCGGGAGCGGAGAUCGAGGAAGAGGAGUAGCAGGGUGUUUUACGCCCCCACCAGCACCACCCGACAACCAGUCCUCACUGAAGCCCACACGUGUAGCAUCGCACUGAGCUGUCUGUCUGCUCUGUAGGAGUGCAGUGGUUUGGCCUUUAGGAUUUAUUUAUGUUUUUCUUGUUUUUCUGUCAAGACAGCCAAAAGGAAGAUUUGUGUUUUUCUGAGCACGUAGCAAGUACUAGAUAAGUACUAUAAGCAGAAUGUAGAAUAAGCACUAGAGAAGAAUGAGCACUAUGUUAGAAUAAGUACUAGGGUGAGUUUAAGUACUAGGGUGGAAUAAGUACUCAUAUAAGUACAAGAGUAUAAUCAGAGUACUGUAAGCUCAGACUCUGGUCUGACCAGGGACUGGUUCGCCGAUCAGGCGAUGCAGAAUGUGACUCCGGUGCCAAAGAGGAAGAACACAACAGAUGCACUGAGAUCCGCACCUCACAGACUAGAACAGACUAGAACAAUCAGGACAGGAACUCAAAGCACAAGCAGAUGUCCAACCGGCUCAGGGUCGGCUCCAAACGUCCAUCGAUCGAGUCUCAACAGCGCUUCAAAGUCGAUGGGUUUUAAGAUUUGUGAGCCAAAUAGAAAUGUUCUAGAAAAAGUGUGUAUGGGGUUGAUGUAUGGUAGAAGAUGAAAUGAAACUUAUUCUGAGACUUCUUAUUGAUGUCAGGUUUCGCGAUGUGACUCAAGCCAAUCAGAAGGUGUCUCAAGAUCUUCUCCAAAUGUGGAUAGACAAAAGUGCGACCAGGUGUGUCUGUGAGUGGGCUCAAUAUAUGGAAGAAGAUUAAAUGAAACAGCUCCGAGUACAGAACAUAUUCUAAGGCUGCUUAUUGAAGUCAGGUUUCGUGACUCAAGCAAAUUAGAAACCCUAAAACUUGAGGUUGUGAACAAAAGUCGAUUUUAUUUAUAGAUAUGUGCAAUGUGUAUGGUUUUUUUAGCAGCAGUUUGUAUGACGACAGAAUGUAUUUAUAAUAGUUUUGUUUGUCACGUUUGACGUGUUGUGAACUCAUUUUGUAGAUUGUUUUAUAUUGAUCUUUUACAGCCUUGUGGCUGCAUCCAAUAGACUUGGUUUAAAAGGUGCCUUUGAACUUCUGAUUGUAUGAAGGAAUGUGUUAAAACCAUUGCCUUAUCGCAUGGCCCAAUUUAAAGUUGUGUGAGAUAUAUUUAUGUAUUUAUACUAAUAAAACCAACUGACAUCGAUUAUAAGCAUCUCACUGAAGGUGCGUAAAAUCAAUGAAAGUAGGAUCAAUGGCCCAGAUGAAAGUAUAUUUAUCUAGUUUUAUCGAUAAAACCAUGAAAAUAACUAUGCUCAAAUGUGUGCUCUCACACAGAUAAAUGAUUGGAUACGUGUGGCUGGAACAAGGAAUUUGUCCUUCAUUCAAUCAUAUUAAUGUUAAAAUACGUUUUAAAAAACAACAACUUGUCAUUUAGUUAAAAAUCUUUAUUCACAACGACAUCUCUAAAAAUACACAUUUGGCUUUCCGAAACAAAACCAUAGAAUAUAUAAAUGAAAACGAUUGCCAUAAAACACAAUUCUUAGUUGAAGAAAAGGAACAGGUUGUGGUUAAACUUAAGCGACGUAGCAAUGCUACAUUUUAAGUAUCAACAACAUAGUACAGUGCUUCUACAGUAUCUCCAUCUUAUAUAAACUAUGUAAAAAUAAUUUUCAGUUUACUCCCAUGUUAUCUACAAGUUUAGUCAGGCUUCAGCGAAGAUAUAUCUAAAAGUGCAGCCGAGUUUCACAGGCCAGUUCACAGCAUUGGACCCAGAUUUGGAAAAUACUAAUAAAUGGAAUACAACUCUGUUACGGAAAAAAGUAUAAUUAAAAUAAUCAUACGGGAAAUUUUACAUCAUACAGAUGCAUCUUCUGUUCACGAAAUGUGAAAUUGCAUAGUCCUAUAAUUGGAUUUUUUCUGAACAUAAUUCCAAAUUGUAUUAUAAUUUAAUUAAGAAACGUUUCCGCCAGUAGCUCCAAGUGGUCUGAUGACUCCCAAUAUAUAACAACUAUUCAGUGCUUUUAGGUUUUAUUAUUAAGUUUUAAGCAACACUUAUUAUUUAUAAUCACAAUUUGUUGGUUGGACCAGAAAUAAUGAAUUAUUUUAAUUUUAUGGAUCUAUGUAUUUGGUCCUUCUUUGGUCAACUGUUGCAGCUAAAAUGUAUUUAAAUUUCUCAGUCAUGAGGUUUCAGCUGACAGAUUUUACGAUUACAGUUAUAUAUUUUCAGGCACUUGGUUCGUAUUCGAGUAGCAGAAUUCCUUGAAUAAUAAACCGUAGGCCUCCAUAUUGGAUUAGAGAUCAUUCCGGAACCAUUCAUACAUCAAGUUCAGCAGGCUUUAAAAAACAACGAAAACGUUAACGCAGCAAAUUCAAGUCACCACAGAAACAGAACAAUCUUAUACUGUAACAUGAGGGACAAAUCGCCCCUCUACAAGAACCAUCCGGUCCACGUGCAUUGUACGUCGAUCCAAAUCUAUUUAGACUAUUCACGAUUGAGAGAAUUCUGAACCAUUUUGAAUUCUGAUUCAGUUUGACAACAUUCUUGUCCCGUCUCCCGUAAUAUGUGCUUUUCACUGUGAUUGGGGAUUAAUCGGCCAAUCAGAGGAGGCCUGAGGUAUUUCGGCCAAUGGGGUGUGGCCAAACGUGGCCCUUGCCAAAGAACCGUAUUUAUAUAAAGUCGUCUUACUUAAAGGUUGGGCAUGGGAUUUGCGAAACGCCAGCAGAUUUUAAAAAUACACAACUCAAAUGGUCCUAUUCCCUCUCCUUCAACGCUGACUCUGACUCCACCCAUUACAAGUACAUGGACACGCAAUCAUGCACGAGCGAGAGAGCGAGCCAUUAGCUAGUUAGCUAGCUCCAGUAGCUACCGCAGGAUAACAACAAACAGAAGCUUGCUCUGGGUCACAAGCUUUGAGUACGUGCACGAAGGGGUCACUCGCGGGGGGAGGGGGAGUGCAGUACGACCGUUUGAUUGACGUACUUACUGUCCAAUGCCACUCGGUGGGUCUGGAAAUCAUUGGCUGGAGUUUUUCGAGCCCUGUCCGUUCCACAGAUGAUUGACUUGUUUAAUUUUCAUGUCAGCAGUACUUAUAACUCAGUGGCUGUAAGUGGGUUAUGAUAAGGAUUUCAAGUAAUUUUGCAAAAAUGGCCAAAAAGAGAAUUCCGUACCUAACCUUUAACAUAAAUGCUUUACGAUCGCCGUUGAAUAACCGACAUACCCGUGAUUAUCAAGCCGUUCUCUACGAAGUGAAGGCGUAAUAUUCUUUAGUGCGUAUGUUGACAAGGGCUGGCACGUUAUGCCAUGAAAAUAUUCCGACAUUUGUCGAAAAAGUGAAUAAGUAUAGCCGUAACUCGGGCUGAUCUUAACCGAUGCUAAGCUAACAAACUAGCUACCUAACAUACAGGCACUGUGAUGUCAUUGCUAUGAGGCCCGUACGAGCUCAGUAGGGCAGACUUCGGGUGUCGGAGUCGGUUUCUCCCGGUACCGCCGGAGUCUUUGAACGCCUCCCGGAGGCCAUCUUGGAAAGGGCAGCCAGGAGGAAGAUGGCGGCGAUGGCGGCGAAAUAGCAGCCGUAUAUCAGGAACUGUUGAGGCACAAGAAUAACGUUUUUCCGUUGAUGAGAAUAUGCAAUAGAACCUGCGAAAACUUUUAUAACAUAUAACUUUUGACAAAAAUAAAUUGGCCACGCACAGCCUGCAAAAGUAACAUGUUAUAAAUGUAAACAAACCCACAAAGUGCAUUAGAAGUAGCUAGCAAAUUUUACACUGUCCAUCAUGGUAGUAGCAAGCUCAUUUAUGCUAGCCAACUUUAGCUUCCCAUUAUAGAACUAGCAAGCUAGCACCCUUAGUAACGACUCAAUUUGUGCACAACCAUACGAUCAUAUUAGAUUAGCCAUCCUGCAGAAGUCAGUUAAGUAUCCUGACUGCGAGGUUCCGACCUGGGAGAAGACGUCCAGGCCCAGCCCGGCCGUGUCCACCACCACCAGUGUUAGCACCGACUGUAGCAGUAGCGCUACGAAGGCGUUGACGCCGAACACUAGCGCGUAGCGC